AUGCUUGAAGGAAUUAGGGGGUAUAUGAUGGAAAGAGUGGUGAUCAAGUAUAAUAUGUUGCAUGGGAGUACUGAUGAGUUGUGUCCGAGAAUUAGGAAACGUUUAGAGAAGGAGAAGGAGUUUGCUAGGCUGUGUGUAUCUAGGCAAUCUCACAAUAUGAGAUGUGAAGUUAAAAUGGGGGCUGAAGGGUACAUUGUAGACCUGACUUCGAAGGAGUGCAGCUGUGGUUAUUGGCAGUUGAGUGGCUUGCCAUGCUGUCAUGCAGUUUCUGCUAUCAGCCACUUGAGGAAGAAUCCGGAUGAUUAUGUUCAUCCUUUCUUACCUAGUUCGGAAUGUGGAGGAGUGCUACAAGGAGGGGCUGCCUUGUCUUGA